AUGGCAGACGCACACUCCGACUCCGACCUUUCCUCCGAUUUGUCGUCUGUUCCACCUUCUCCAACAUCGCUCGACGCGCCUUCCUCACCGCUCAGCGUGUUGUCCAGCUCGCCAGAACCGCCGGACUACUUCGACUUUGCAAUGGCACCGAGAUCGCGCCCGCCCGUGCCUUACCCUUCGCCACCAGCAUCACAGCAAACUUCCGAACAUGGCACACCUACACCAGAUGGUAUGGAAUCGAACACGGAGGACGGACGGCGACCUGCUAAGCGGAGGCGGAUAUCAAAGGACCCUAAAGAACGCACGACCGAGUACCUGAACUUGCGAGCUGGGAAGUUGAGCUACGAGCAGCAGGACAAUCUUGACUUGGUCAUGAACGUGCUCCACAAGAGGCAAAAGAUUGUGGUUAUUGCUGGCGCUGGCAUGUCCAAGUCCGCAGGCGUACCGGACUUCCGAUCCAAAGAAGGACUGUUCUGUAGUCUGAAGAAGGAGCACAAUCUCAAAGGAUCAGGCCAGCAUCUCUUUGACGCGUCCGUAUACAAGGAUGACGCGUCGACUACCCAAUUCCACUCCAUGAUCAGCCAAAUGGCGCGUCUGACAAAAGACGCGAAACCGACGCCUUUCCACCACAUGCUUGCCACGAUCGCGCAGGACGGUCGGUUGAUGCGACUGUACUCCCAGAAUGUCGACGGACUGGAGACGAACAUGGAGCCGCUUCGCACGCGUACGCCACUGACCAAGGACGAGAGUGGAAAGUGGCCACGAUCUGUGCAGCUACAUGGUGGACUUGACAAGAUGGUCUGCACGAAAUGUCACGAUGUGUCAGACAUGGAUGCGGCACUCUUUGCUGGAUCGGAAGCUCCACUAUGCGCGAAGUGCGACGAAGUCAACAACAUCCGUACCACCUUCGAGGGCAAGCGAAGUCACGGAGUGGGACGUCUUCGGCCACGUAUGGUGCUUUACCAUGAGAGUGGACCUGAUGAGGCAGCGAUUGGUGCAGUGUCUGUGGAGGAUCUGCGGCGGCGGCCAGAUGCUGUAGUCGUGGUAGGCACGACUUUGAAAGUGAAAGGCUUGCAGAGGUUGGUCAAGGAGAUGUGUGGAGUUGUCAGGAAUCGCAAGGAUGGUGGCCUCGCGAUUUGGAUCAAUCCUGAUCCGCCACCUGCGGCUGGAGGCUUCCGAGACUGCUUUGAUAUCAUCGUGCAAGGGACUUGCGACGAAGUGGCGGAGAAAGCUGCGAUGAGAAGAUGGAACGAGCCUGUGGUGGUGGAUGAUUUUAGUGAAGUUAGUGAGGAGGAUGUGGCUAAGGCUGCGGCGAAGAGGGCACAAGUUGUGCUUUCGAGCUGUGGACCGAAAGAAGCUAUACCGAUCGCUCCGCCUACAGCUGAGCAUAUCAACAACAGCUUCAAGCCACCACUUGUGAUAUCAACGCCACGACACACUGAACGCAGUCCGGAUUGUUGGAGUCCGCUGAGCAGCAGAAGAUCUUCCGUCCUAUCGAGCAUUGAAAACGUGAUUGCUGAUGGCGAGAACAUCAUGGUGAGCGAGAGUCUUCGCCUUCCUACACCAGACGAAUCAGAUCGCAGCACGCCCUCGAAGAAAGCGCCUACUGCAUUUGAGAAGCUCAACAAGAGCAGCCAGACAAAGUCAGCACCAAAGAGCGCCAAAAUUGCAACCAUGGCCAAGAAGAUCGCGGCAAGCAACCUCAAGGGCACGAAACCAACAAAGUCAACCAAGACCACGAGUAAGGCGAAGUGCAAGCCGCAACAACCAUCGAAGAAGUCCAAUGCCAUCACAAAUGUCUUCGGCCAGAGCAAGGCCGCCGCCACCGUUGCUAAGAACAAUGUGGUGAAGAAGGGCAGCCUGCCGAGUCCAGCGAAGAGUCCGAGUAAGCUGCGGCAGGUCUCGAAUGCAUCUGGCGGCGAGCCGAUGACGCCAGUCAAGGCGAAGGAUGCGAGGGUCAAUACGUCGCCGGUGAAGACGCCCUUGUUUCCUGGGUUGAAGAGGAAGAGUGUGGAGGCUUGA